AAUUUUGUAAAAGAUAACUCGACAAAAAAAAAAUAAAAAAUUGUGUAAAAGAUAAUUGCAUUUGCAUGAACUGUUAAAAACAUACUAAGUAGGGUUUAAGCUUUUUUCCGGCAGCGUGUGUUCCGAUGGAGGUUUGAACUUUGCACCGUCUUCCCUUUCUAAACGACAAUGGCCUACGGUCGUUUAUCUCUUCUUCUCACCAAACGCCGUUUCUCUCUUCAUUUCUUAAACCCUAAAACCCCAUUCUUACAUUCCCAUCUUUUCUCAACCUCCCAAAACCCAAACCCUAAACCUUCUUCCCUUUCCGCUCGUCUCAGCUUCGUAUUUGAUCAAAUCGAUGCAAUCGAAAAAGAACGUUCUCAAAAACACGAAACACUUCAACGAAUUCGUGCUUGGCGUGAUUCCAAAAACACUCAAAAUCAAAUUCCCGAACAACCCGUUUCAGAACCAAUUGUUACAGCUUCUUCUUCGUCUCAUGAAGAGGUUAAGAUUGACAGUAAAUCGACGGAAUUGGUGAAGAAAGAGGUGGAAUUGGUGCAUCCGUGGCCGGAAUGGAUUCAAUUGAUGGAGAGAUUGGUUCAUCAGAAUUAUUUUGAUCAUAAGAGGAAGGAUGAGGAUAAAAUGGUGCAGGAUUUAGGGUUUGAUUCUCCUGAGAUUGUACAUGAUGAGGGGUUUGAUUUUACUAAGGAUUUUAAGAGUGUUCAUGCUGCGUGUCUUAAUUUUGGGAAAGAUCGUUUUGAUUUGUUGAGGUCGUUGUCGAGGCAGGAUAUUCAAAUUUUGGUAGGUUUUGGAUGUCCCAAUGUGGACAGAAAGGUGGUUUUCUCCGGAAAACUUUUAAGGAAGCUUGUCCACCUUGAUGAAGGAGAUGUAUGUAGUUCCUGCAGUUUGAGAAACAAUUGUGACAACGCAUAUCUUCUUACAAACAAAGAAGAUGAGGCACGGACUAUUGAUAUCAUGCGAAUGCUACUGACGUUUGGGUUUGAUCCUAUUAAUGGAUCAGUCCUCAAUAAGUCACUUCUGAAGCAUAAGUCUGUCAAAGCAGUGGUUCGUAAAUUGCUUCAUGAAGUUGUCAAAUUGAGUUCAGUUCCUAUUGAUCCAAAUCUCCCUCCUCCUGUGAUAAAAAAGCCUCCACCAAAGGUGAAACAACCUCCUCCUACUCCAAAGAGACGUGUUGGACGGGAUGAUGUUGAGAUGAAAAGGGGGGACUGGCUAUGUUCUAAGUGUGAUUUCAUGAAUUUUGCAAAGAAUAAUGUUUGCCUACAGUGUGAUGCCAAGCGUCCCAAGAGACAGUUGCUUCCAGGAGAAUGGGAAUGUGCCGAGUGCAACUUCUUGAAUUACAGGAGGAAUGUGGUAUGUUUUCAUUGUGAGUGUAAACGCCCACCUGAUGAAUUCCUGGAAAAUAAAGCUCAAGAUAAUAAGUACAGUUCCGGGCCUAACUUUAAUAAGAUGGGCAGUCGGCAAGAGGUUUCCAAUGCCUGGAAUUUUGACUUUGAUGACAAUGAGUCGGAUGGUGCAGACGUUGCUGCUUUUGAGUAUGCAGAUUCUCAUGGUAUAGACAAGGAUUUUCCUUCAGAUAACAAUGCUCGGCGUGUGGGGUGGGACGAUGAUUUUGAAAAGAAUAGCAGAGUGCCAGGGUCCCAUGAUGAAGAAUAUGUUAAUCCCAAUGCUUCUAGACCUAGAACAGGGUUUGAUGAUUUUGACGAUGAAGAUGAUAUAGAUAGUUAUGAGCUAGACACUCAAACUGGAUCUAAUAGUGCAAGAACGGAAGCUACAAAAAGUAAUUUUUCAGAAACAGAAGACUCAUUGGACUGGGAAGAUUCUGAAGACACUGAUGACAAAAUGCACGCACAUCAUAAAAAUAAAACAGCUUAUGGAAGAACUGAACGGAACCAUUCAGUUCGCAAAAAUACAUCUUUCUCUCGAUCCAAGGAUGAUGAACUUGAUUAUGAUUCUGAUGAACAACGGUCUAUUCUUUCCAAUUUCAAAUAUGGCCAUGUUUCUGCUGCUGACCAGAAAAGGAAAGGCAGAGGUCCAACCAAGAAAUUAAGCUUCGGUUCUGACUCUGACGAAGAUGGUGGUGCUGGCUUAUACUCUGAUGAGGAUGAUGACUUAAAUGAGGCAUAUUCAUCCAGACAAAAUAAAAGGAACAGACAUGAUUCUGGGAGAAGGAACUUUACUAAAGACGGAAAGUCUGGUAGUGGCUACAAAUCAAAUAUUUUCAGUGAUGAUUUUGAUGAAUCACCCCGGCAGUCUUAUAGGAACGGUAGAGGGUCACAGGGAAAUAGCCGUGAUAGGAAGAGGUUUGAAGAUUUUGACGAAUCACCCAGGCAGUCUUAUUGGAAUGGUAGAGGGUCACAGGGAAAUAGCCGUGAUAGGAAGAGGUUUGAAGAUUUUGAUGGAUCAUCUCGAAAAUCUUAUGGUAAUGACAGAGGGUCUCAGGGAAGUAACCGUGAUCGGAAGAGAUUUGAUGAUUUUGAUGGAUCAUCCAGGAAAUCUUAUGCUAAUGAGAGAGGGUCUCAGGGAGGUAACCGUGAUUGGAAAAGAUUCGACGACUUUGAUGGAUCAUCCCGGAAAUCUUAUGGUAAUGACAGAAGAUCUCAGGGAAGUAGCCGUGAUCGGAAGAGAUUUGAUGAUUUUGAUGGAUCAUCCCGGAAAUCUUAUGGGAAUGAUAGAGGGUCCCGAGGAAAUGGCCGGAGUAGACAGAAAUUUGAUGACAGGGAGCAUGGCAGAGGACAGUUUAAUAAAUACAGUAUGGAUGAGAAGGGUGAUGGUGAUUUUAGAAACAGUAGGCGUGUGAUUGAAAGAUAGUCCAUUAGUUCCAUGAACACAUUUUUUUUACCCGGUUUGUCGUUGCACGUAACUACUACCAAUCACCAAAAUUUAAAUGUGGUACAAGUCUCUAAAGGUCUGUUUUUCUGUGGGAUUUGUUGUUUAAAUAUCAUGGUAUCGACCGAAAGACUUCAAUCAUGGUAAAAUUUCCCUGUUCAAUCUACCUAUAUACCAAGUCAGUUGAAAAAAGAUGUCAGAUCAUUGGAGUUGGCUAGAAUUAGUGUUAAGGGACCAUUGUGUCUUAUGCUAUCCAUCGGCAAAGGUAACUUGCCAUAUGAACCGUUGUGCCAUGCUAAAAUGGGAUCAUCCGGUAUAUUGUCCAGGAGUAUUGAAUAACAACCAUAUUUUUCUUUUACCAAA